AUGACCAUACCCAGCACUUCCAACGGUGCUGUCGAGGACAUCUUAGGUAUUUCACCUCAUGUGACGAAAGUCACGGGAGUCAAAUCCAGAUCAAGGCACAAUUCAACCUUCAAUAUCAUCGACAUCCGCCAUGAUGGUGCCGAAAUCGCGUUGAAGGAUGAAAUCUUGGCAUCUUUGAAGCCACAAAGUGGUCUCAAGAGUCUGCCUACCCUGCUCCUAUACGAUGAGCGGGGUCUACAAAUAUAUGAAGAAAUCACUUAUUUGCCUGAAUAUUACCUUACAAACGCAGAGAUUGAUGUCCUUGAACGUUCCGCGGAGAGUAUUGCAGCAAAUAUCCCUUCUAAUUCUAUGGUUGUUGAGCUGGGGAGCGGUAAUUUACGCAAGGUGAGUAUACUUCUACGAGCUUUAGAUGCGGCCGGCAAAUCUGUCGACUAUUAUGCACUUGAUCUGUCAUUGAGAGAGUUGGAGAGGACUCUAGAGCAGGUUCCGGAAUUCAAAUACGUGAAAUGCCAUGGGCUUCAUGGAACUUACGACGAUGGUCUUGCGUGGCUAAAACUUCCAGAAAACUCUUCUAGGCCAAAAUGUAUUUUGUCGAUGGGGUCUAGCAUUGGUUUGUCUUUCGAACUUAAUUUGCCGAUAAUCAACUUACCAUUUGCAGGUAACUUCCAAAGACACGACGCAUCGAUAUUUUUGAAGAGUUUCACGGAAAUUCUGAGCCCAUCGGACAUGUUUCUCAUUGCCAUCGAUGCGACGGGUGACCCGGAAAAGAUCUACCAUGCUUACAAUGGUCUGUCGAUCCCAUCCCAAAUCUUCUGCUCGAUGCUGACCUUGACGAUAAGACGAGAAAGGAGUCACUCACAGCAAAGGUUUGUCUUGAACGGUUUAGUUCAGGCGAACGAAAUCCUCGAAGAAAACGUCUUCGACAUCACCGAUUGGUCAGUUAUUGGAGAGUAUGUAUACGACUCGCAAGGAGGCCGUCACCAGGCCUUCUAUACGCCAUCCCGCGAUAUUACUGUUAAAGAUGUUCUUAUCAAAGCUGGAGAACGCGUGAAGAUUGAAGUUAGUUUAAAAUAUUCAACCCAGGAAACAGCCAAGCUAUUGAAGGACGCUGGAAUGAGAGAAUCUCAAAGGUGGUCCGCUUCAACCGACGAAUAUAAUAUCCACCUUCUGACAAAGAACACAAUGCCAUUCGACUCUAAUCCAAAAGUCUAUGCCUCGUCUACGGUCCCGACUUUUGAGGAUUGGAAAGGCUUGUGGUCAGUAUGGGAUACUGUGACCCGAAAAAUGAUUACAAAUGAAGAUUUGACUGAAAAGCCAAUCAGACUUCGAAAUGCUUGCAUAUUUUACCUGGGACAUAUCCCGACAUUCCUAGAUAUGCAGCUGAUUAAGGUCACAAAGGAGCCGCUCUGCGAGCCUUCUUCCUAUCACGCAAUCUUUGAAAGGGGAAUCGAUCCGGAUGUUGACAACCCUGAGCAAUGUCAUGCCCACUCCGAGAUUCCGGACGAGUGGCCACCACUUGAAGAGAUUUUGUCGUAUCAAGAAAACGUGAGAGGGAAGGUUCAAAGGCUCUAUGCAAGCCAAGAUAUCCCAAGAAAUCUCGGUCGUGCGCUUUGGUUGGGGUUUGAACACGAAGCUAUGCAUUUGGAAACUCUCUUGUACAUGUUACUACAAAGUGACAAAACUAUUCCACCUACUACUGCUAGGCCAGACUUCGUGGGAGAAGCGAAACGAGCUGAGAUGUCUCGGGUGCCAAAUGAAUGGUUUACCAUUCCAGAGCAUGAAAUCACAAUUGGAUUAGAUGACCCAGAAGACAAUUCUGGACCGAACAAUUACUUCGGGUGGGAUAAUGAGAAGCCUUCCCGAAAAGUUCUGGUUCAAUCUUUCGAAGCCAAAGGACGACCGAUUACCAAUGAAGAGUACGCUCGUUUUUUAGUACAGACACACAAGACCAAAAUUCCAGCUUCAUGGGCUCAACAUCAAAAGUCUAAUGGCCACACCAAUGGUGAUUCGAAUGGGCAUAGUAGUGGAACGACAAACGGGGCAAAUCCGCCUCCACUCACUAAGGCAUAUCUUGAAGACAAGGCGCUUCGAACAGUCUAUGGUCCGGUUCCGCUUGAGCACGCCCUAGAUUGGCCAGUCUUUGCUUCGUACGACGAGCUUUCUAAAUGUGCAAUCUGGAUGGGGGGACGAAUACCGACGGUGGAAGAGGCGCGAAGUAUUUAUAGUCACGUGGAUGGCUUGAAUAUCAAGAAAGCAGAGAGACAUUUGGGCAAGACUGUUCCAGCCGUGAACGGGCAUCUUAUCAACGAGGGUGUCGAAGAGACACCGCCAUCGCAAACCUCUCAGGUUUGUGGAAGCUCACAAGAGCUUUUUACCAACCUUGAAGGUGCCAAUGUAGGAUUUAAGAACUGGCAUCCAAUAUCCGUUACUGCCGGAGGUGACAAGCUUGCAGGACAGGCUGAUAUGGGUGGAGUCUGGGAAUGGACCAGCUCUCCCCUGAGUCAACAUGAAGGAUUUGAGCCAAUGCCUUUAUAUCCUGCCUACACUGCCGACUUCUUUGAUGGAAAGCACAAUAUUAUUCUCGGAGGGUCUUGGGCAACUCAUCCUCGUAUUGCUGGAAGAAAGACAUUUGUCAACUGGUACCAGCGUAACUACCCAUACACAUGGGCCGGUGCACGCCUAGUACGUGAUUUGUAG